GUUUGGAUUGUGAUGAAGUUUGGUUAUAAAUAUGGAUGGCGAAGGGCUGAGACCUCUCACACCAAAAUACACCAACAUGGCGAAAUCCAGCUGGUUCAUCCUUGUGGAGCUUCUUCUAUUACUUGAGUGUCUCUCACAUUUGAGCAUUUCACAGGGACAGGGCUACGAUUUCUUUUACUUCGUGCAACAGUGGCCAGGCUCAUACUGUGACACCAGAAAGGCCUGCUGCUACCCGACCACUGGAAAGCCCGCUGCCAACUUCACUAUCCACGGCCUUUGGCCUAAUUACAACAAUGGUAGCUAUCCAUCCAACUGCAACCCGAAUAGCCCCUAUAAUGCAACCAAGAUUUCGGAUUUACUUGGCAAAAUGGAAGUGGAUUGGCCAACAUUGGCUUGCCCAACGAACGGCGGUACCAGAUUCUGGACUCAUGAAUGGGAGAAACAUGGUACUUGUUCCGAGUCAGUUCUAGACCAGCAUUCAUACUUUGAAGCAGCUCUCAACAUUAAGAACAAAGUUAACCUCCUUAAAGUCCUCGAGGAUGCAGGAAUCCAGCCAAACGACCAGUUUUACAGGGAACCUCAAAUAAGGGAAGCCAUAAAAGCUGGAAUUGGUUACACUCCAGCCAUAACGUGCAAUACUGAUUCAUCGAAAAACCGACAAAUAUUAGAGAUUUAUCUGUGUGUCGAUGCUUCCGGCAAAGACCUAAUUGAGUGUCCUAAGUUUCCUACUCGCUGCAAAAAACCGCCCCUUCAGUUUCCGAUCUUUUAAUUUAGUGACUUGUUAGCUCAUUUUAUUUGAAUAAACUCUUUGGAUUCUAUGAAUUCAGAGAAGUGAUUGUAUGUUGUAAAAGUUGUGCCCGUACCAGCACAGCUUAGAGUCAUUGUAUCGAGAAUAAUAUCAAUAGGUGUUGUUCCAUAUUGGACAAGGCGUAUUGAAAUGUUUUUUCUCGUACGAUUUGGAUUAAAUGUAUUGUGUGAUGCUGUAUUAGUCUUCA